AUGGAUGACCCAAUUCUUCUCCCCUCCGACCUGAAUUCGGGGGAGCGACGACGAUCAUCUAGAGUCAGAUCAACCUCUCUACGAGUUAGUGAGACUCCAGAAAGAUCAACUCGCAGCACGCCCGUUGCAUCUAUCAAGGAUACUCCACUGGCUGAACCGCAGUCGCCCAAAGACGAGAGUCCAGUGCCUUCAAGAAGCCUCCGGCGGCGAAAGAGUGCUGUCUCCAACGGGAUUAUUUCCGAUCCGGUUGAGGAGGCAAUGAAGGCUUUGACAGAAGAGGAGCGUCAGAAUUGGAAAGGUUGGGUUGAGCUGGAAUCCGAUCCAGCUCUUUUCAGUUACAUUUUACGAGCAUAUGGCGUCAGAAAUGUCAAGAUUCAGGAGAUCUUUGGACUCGAUGACGAUUCAUUGCUCUUCCUUCUAAAGCCUGUAUAUGGGUUGAUAUUCCUCUUCAAGUAUCGAGAUAACGAUGCAGAUGAGGAUGAGAAUGCUCCCAAAUGCCCAAAGCAUGUCUGGUUCGCAAAUCAGACAACGAGUAAUGCUUGUGCUACGGUUUCUCUACUAAACAUCGUCAUGAAUACCCCGGAAAUUGAACUAGGAGAUGCUCUGACUGCCUUCAAAGAAUCAACCAAGCUGUUGAAGCCCCCUUACCGCGGUCAAGCUCUGAGCCAUAGUGAUUUCAUUCGGAAUAUUCACAACUCGUUCUUGAGAAAAAUGGAUGUACUGAAUGCGGAUCUAGCUCUCCAAAAUGAUUACGAAAAAUGGGUCAAGGCCAACAAGACUCCCAAGAAGAAAAUCGCCACGAAGAAAGCAUCCAAGAAGAAGAAGGAGAAGAGGAGGAGGAGGAAAGACGAAGAUGAAGCCGGAUACCAUUUCGUUGCGUAUGUGCCCAUCAACGGCUCGGUCUGGAGACUUGAUGGCCUGCAAAGACAACCAGUCAAUCUUGGCGAACACGGCGAGGAUUGGGUCUCACUGGCUAGAGACAACAUCAUGCAACGAAUAGGUCAAUACGAAGAUGGUGACAUUGAGUAUAAUCUCUUGUCCUUGUGCAAAAGCCCCCUGCACACACUUCAGGGGAGCCUUGCCGAGAACGCCCAUUUAAUCUUGGAUGUUGAGAAGAUUCUUGCGGCUGCCAUCCCUGAUUGGAAGCUGUUCAUGCAGUCCCAAUCAGAUCUCUCAAUGUCAAUGGACGAGUUGACGGGCUCCUUCGAUAUUUCAGUAGAUCAGGUCAACAACGCCAAUCCUCCCGAGUCGGCCAGAAAGAAAGCGGAGAAAGCAAUCUCGGACCCGGAAAGACUUCUAAACUUGUACAAAGAUUUGGUUUCGGAGCAAAAAGCUCUUCGAAGCGAACAUGCGCAAGAAGUUGCAUCUCUCGCCCAAGAAGACGAUUUGGCAGCCACAAGAAAACAAGAUCACGCGCCGGUUGUAUACGUGGCAAUUAAAGCACUUGCUGAGGCCGGGGUCCUGAGGGAUAUUAUUAUGGAUCUGAGGGGUGAUUAA